AUGCUUGGCACGGCUAAGGUGCUGGUGCUGGCGAUUUCGAUGGCCGCGCGGACGGUAGUAGAUGGCCAAUUCGAAAUGUUUGAUGUUGGAUGGAUUCGACCAAGUGUUUGUUGGUGUGGUAAUGUUAGUGGUGUCGAAGAUUUUGCUAGAGUGUCGUCGUCGCUCCGAAGAUGCAAUUCGUGCUCAAUUUCGAUGGAUGCGCGUCGUUUGAGUGCUUCUUCUGCAGUUGAUAGUUGA